UCGCGGCGUGCACCGUCGCGCUGACUAUCCGCUGACUGCAGAAUGUUUUGAAAGCCCGUAGACUCACGUCGUACGCGCGGCACACGUAAUUGCGUGCAGUUAUCCUCCUGACGAAUCACCCGAAUCGCGUCCCGAUCGAAUCGGGUCUACUCGUCGGCCGCGAGUCCUCCAGUGUCCUCCUUUCGGCGCGGACGUGUGUUCGCUCGUUCGCGCGAUCAUGAGUCUGGUGCGGCAGAACUUCCACGAGGAGUGCGAGGAAGCGCUCAACAAGCAGAUCAAUCUGGAGCUGUUCGCCAGUUAUGUCUAUCUGUCUAUGGCGUGCUACUUCGACAGGAGCGACGUCGCGUUACCGGGGCUUUACAAGUACUUCAAGAAAGCGUCGGACGAGGAGCGCGAGCAUGCCAUGAAGUUUCUGACUUAUCAGAACAAGCGGGGCGGCGACGUCGUGCUGAUGGACAUCGCCGCACCGUCGAGGAGGAACUGGAACAGCGCAAAAGACGCCAUGACCGAGGCUCUGCAGCUGGAGAAGAAAGUAAACCAGAAACUGCUGGAGCUGCACGGAAUUGCUUCGACGCACAACGACGCAAAUUUCAUGGAUUUUCUGGAGACUGAAUUCUUGCAAGAGCAAGUGGAUGCAAUAAAAGAGAUAGCCAAUCACGUGACAAAUUUAGAGAGAGUGGGGGAAGGCCUCGGUGUUUAUAUCUUCGAUAAGGAGUUGAAGGAUUGAGAAAAAGAGAGAGAGACAGACAGACUUGAUUGACUAUAACAUCGCCAAUUUAAGUAGGAUUUUAAAUAAAUAUAAAGUGCAGAGCGUUACUCAUAUCGCAUUUUAAAAAAGCGCUGUAAGUGAUGAGUAGAUCGAUAGGCGGAGGAGCAGACGUUUAAACAUAAUUGUUGUUUGUAUUUGCAUUCUGAUCUUGAAGAAGAGCACAGCUAACGGGAUCUUACUCUGACUACUCGUAUCAAUUAUCUUGAUGGUGCAAUUAAUGAUCUAGCAACUAUAAUAUAUAGCAACUAACUUUGUAAGGAAUGUAUUCUUAGCCUCUACAAAUUGUAAUUGCGCACUGUUGUAUUGUUUUCAACUAAAUAAUAAUGAUUAAAAACAUAUAUUAUUGCAAUUGCAACAUGGGGUCUCCUCACUCAGCUCCCAUAAUAAAAUUUUCUGUGCUACCA